UGCUCCUCGCUGUCUUUUUUAAUUACUAGAAUUACUAGAGAGCACUCUUCGCGCAAAAUGGGCAAGCCAUAGAUCACUCCACAUACGGCCAGACUCGCAUGCCCUCAACAAGCGUAGCAGACCUAGAUUGCCCGCUUUUAUCAUCUCUCCAAGGCCCCAUUGCUAUCGCGGUGCCCAUACUCUGUAAUUAUCCGUUGACCAUAAUCUACGCGUUCAAUUCAUGGAGCAUACAUUAUGCACUGGAUACUGGGCUGGGCCCUGAGCUGGGCGGAACGUUUGCGCUACUGAGCACGUGAGACGCAUCCUCUCUUCUUGGUCGCAGAAUCUCAUUUCAUAACCUCAAAACAGCUCGUCAUGACAGAUUCGGCCGAGGACAGGAUCGAAGCAAGGUCAAGCGACAUCGCCAACCGGUCUCCAGGAGUAAUAGCAGUAGAGGAUUCGGCCAUCGCAUGCGAGGAUCAGCCAGCUGCUGCAGGCUCGGGCCCAAAGACUGGUAUCCCCUCUAGUUCAUCGAACGACAAGGAAGAAGGUGGUGCGGACGAACUUAUAGAGACAGGUCAAACAGCUGGAACUGUUCAACGUGGAUCCAAAAGACAUAAGGAGUCAAAGCAUGGCCAUUACGGAGGCGAACAGCAGGCCAAGAAACAAAAGAAGCGUCUUGAUCUAGUCGACAUCGUAGAUGACCUGAAGAGUGCAGAAUAUUAUUUUGAGAACGGUCUUCGGAAAAUCAAGCCAUAUUUCUUCAAAUACCAGACGUUUGCCAAGGGACGAUGGCUAGGCCGCAAAGUAAUCGAUGUAUUCAACAUGGAGUUUCGGGAUCGUGACAGCAUCUUUUACGAACGCGCUAUCAGGGAUGGACGUGUAAAGAUUAAUGGGGACACAGUGUCGACAGGUUAUAUCAUCAAAAACAGCGAUGUUGUCGCGCACGAUAUUCAUCGGCACGAACCCCCUGUUGCCAACCUCCCCGUCAAAAUCGUACGAGAAGAUGACGGCGUGAUCAUUGUGGAUAAGCCCAGCAGCGUGCCUGUUCAUCCAAGUGGACGGUACCGACACAAUACCAUAUUACACAUCCUGAUGAGGGAGCAAGGAUAUAAGGACCUCUACCCCGUCAAUCGUUUGGAUCGACUUACGUCUGGACUUAUGAUCAUUGCCCUCUCGGUCAAGCGGGCACGUGAAUUCGAAUUAAUGAUGCAGCGGUGCGAGAUCAAGAAGGAAUAUGUUUGCAAAGUCCUGGGACAGUUCCCGAGCGGAAUAACGGAGUGCCAUGAGCCAAUACAUGUUGCAUCAUUCAAGCUAACGUUGAACACAGUCCAUCCCGAUGGCAAAGCCUGCUCAACCAUCUUUGAGCUCCUGCGCUAUGAUCCCAAAUCCAACACAUCCAUUGUACUCGCCCGACCUGUCACUGGCAGAACUCACCAGAUCCGUGUUCAUCUUCAAUGGCUCGGAUAUCCAAUCACCAAUGAUCCCCUAUACCACAAUCAAGAUAUCUGGGGAAGACUGGACGGAAAGGGCGGUAUCACUGAGGAAACGGAAAAGGAUCUGGUCAAGAAAUUGCUUGAACGCGGAGAAAUGGAGGAUGAAGCCGAUUUUGCGUUGGCGGCCUCGAAUGUUGGCAUGGUUCAGAUGGACAGUGUACCGGGACACCCACAGCCUGAGUUUUGUAGGAUCUGUGGGCUUCCUUCAAGAGCGGAUCCGGAACCUGAAAAGAGGAUCAUGUAUCUGCAUGCAUGGAAAUAUCAGGCAAAGGAUUGGGCGUUUGAGACGGAGCUGCCGGAAUGGGCCAAGGAGAGCCUGGGUUCUGACACAGCACCAGAAGGAUCAAAAAGCCAAGCAAAAGAUCCUGAUGCACUUCAAACUUGAAAGGAAUUACAACCUGCAAUAAAUAACAUUUCUUAUGCCCC